GCAUCCGUUUUCACGUGUUUGUUGGCCAGAUAUCUGUUUACAUAUGGAUGGAAUUGGAAUGAAGGAAUGAUGUUUGGUUCUAUACUCAGUGCCACUGAUCCUGUGGCAGUUGUGGCAUUACUUAGUGAUCUAGGUGCCUCAAAGAAACUAGCAAUGGUGAUUGAGGGAGAGUCUCUUCUCAACGAUGGUGCAGCAAUCGUGUUCUUUAAUGUGUUCCUCAAGCUGACCACAGAAGAUUCUGGAAUUUCAGAUAUUCAAUCUAAAGGUGGAGAAAUAGUGCUUUACUUCUUACAAGUAGCUCUCUUAGGACCUCUAUGGGGCUACGUCAUGGCAAAAUGUACUUUAUUUUUCCUGUCCAGAGUUUUCAACGAUGCUUUAAUAGAAAUCACAAUCACAUUAGCUUCCACAUACCUAACAUACUAUAUUGGAGAAGAAUUUUUGAAAGUGUCUGGAGUGUUGGCAGUUGUGGUACUUGGCGUCAGAAUGUCUGCAGAGAAAACAAUGAUCAGUCCAGAGGUGGAGAAAUUCUUACACAGAUUUUGGGAAACCCUAGCCUAUAUAGCUAACACGUUGAUCUUCAUCAUAGUUGGCAUGGUGAUAUCAGAGAAGGCCAUAUUUGAAAUUCAUGGAUUAGAUUGGUUUUACAUGUUCUCGCUGUAUUUUGGAGUUUUUGUUAUCAGAGGUCUUGUGAUAGCUAUAUUUAGUCCUAUAUUACGCCACACUGGAUAUGGUAUGUCAUGGAAGGAAGGUAUAGUGAUGACAUGGGGAGGAUUACGGGGUGCUGUAAGUCUGGCGCUAGCAUUACAAGUGGCACACCAUGAUACAAUUGACCAGGAGAGAGUAGGAGUCAGGGUACUAGUACAUGUAUCAGGUAUUGUGUUUCUAACUUUACUGAUAAAUUCUACAACAGUUGUUGGACUACUCAAGUUAUUAGGUAUGAGUGACACAUCACCUGCCAAAAGAAUGGCCAUGGCAAACUCUCUGAGAUUUCUACAAGAUGUUAGAGAUAAAACUCUCAAUAUGUUAAAAACAGACAGAUUUUUAGCUGAUGCUGACUGGGAUACAGUUGAAAAGUCCAGUGAGAUUGUAGAUCCUUAUAAAACUACAGAUGAAGAGGCACAAAUAGAUGAUUCAUUAGACAUUCGACCUAAUGCCAUAUGUCCUGACUGUGAUGCUAAGUUACCAUGCAUGUAUACUAGGAAGGAAAUGAAAGAUAUGACUGACGAGGCUGUACUUAGAAUGCUGAAGGCAGAAAAAGAAUUGGAAGAUAUAACUAAUGAAGCUAUACUUAGAAUGCUGACAGCAGAAAAAAUGAGUUAUUGGAGACAGUUUGAACAAGGAAUGAUAUCCAGGGAAGGAGUUAGAAAAUUACAGGAAUGUACCGACAUAGCUGCUGAUAAAAAGGGCAGGUUUGUUGAUGUCGAAGAUGUGAAGAAAAGCUGGGAAAUACCCAAAAUCUACAUCAAAUUGAAAAAGUUCUUCAAAAGAUUUAUAGUAGAACUGAUACCUGAACCACCAAAGUCACCAUGUCUUACAGUUCUGUACAAAAUCUUCAAACACCCAGCAUUCAGUAUAUUUCUUUACUGUGUAAUUGCCUUGGAUAUGGCUAAUGUGACAUUGUCUGUGAUUAGCGAGUAUUUAGACGCCAUUCAUGAUCAUAAGGAGAUCUUCAGGUCAUUAAAUGUUGUAUUUGUGUCGUUUUAUAUAGUGGAAGCAGUAGCUAAGAUAGUCCUUGUAAAGAAGUAUUACUUCACAGUUUGUUGGAACAAUUUGUGUUUGGCAAUCAUAUUUAUUGGGAUUGUGGACGUGUGUCUCAGUUUUUCAUUACCAUCUGUCUAUGGAAAUAAUCAUCACAUUGUACACAUAGUACUGGUGGUCUUUAUCUUACUGAGAGUCAUCAGAUUGUUCAGGCUACUAGAGCCAUUGGUGCCAUUGUUACUGGGUCUGAUGAAGUUACUGAUAAGUCAACAGCUGAGUUAUGGGUAUGAUGUUGGGCGUGGUUACGUAGCAGGGGAGGAGGAAGUUAGAAAGUUGAUAGAUCACAUGGUCGACCAGAGGGAGAUAGCUAAAUCACUAAAACAAGCCAGCGACAAUGGAAGACUUGAUGUUAUCAGAUGUCUAGGUAUGUUGCAGAAACAACAUCCAGAUAUUGCUCUAUCCAUUAAGACAAGACAAGCCAUUAGAAGUGUUCUAAACAGUUUACGAGAUGGUAUACAUGAACUAUUAAUGGAUGGUAUUCUGGAAGAAGCUGAUGGGCACAAGUUAGAAAAGAUGGUUGAAGAGAUGAUGAAGAGACUAAUAAAUGCACCACCUAGCUUACCCCUGCCACCACCAGAUAAAAUGUUAAACAAUGUCUUCUGGUUAAGGCAUGAACCUACUCUUAUAGAGUACAUAAAGGAGAAAGCCAAAUUAAUAUCAUAUAACUAUGAAGAUGUGAUCAUACAUGAAGGUGACCCACCUGGUGGAAUCUACAUUAUUGUAUCUGGUAUGGUUAGGUUAGAGUCCACUACUCAGCCAGGUAAACCCAUCAUACUAGAAGACAAACCUUCAGGAUCCCAGCUGACUAUAAAGUCUCACUUGAUAGAUUUUCUUACUUCUGGUAACAUUAUAGGAGAGAUGGGUCUGCUUACCAAAAAUCCAAGAUCAGCUACAGUCAUUUGUGAAACUGCUGUACAGUUGCUGUUUAUCAGUCUAGAUGAUAUGGAACAUGCUAUCCACCACUUCAGUGACAUUGAUCCACCAUUGGAGUACAGGUUGUGGCAUGUCUGUGCCAAUAGAGUGGCUACAAAUGUUCUUAUGAAACAACCAUCAUACCAGGGAUGGACCAAAGAAAAGAUAAAGAUUCGAUUAGAAAACUCUUAUCUUCUGAGUAACCUAGACGACAACAUGUUUACCGUUGACUCUUCUAUGUGCGAUGUUGUCUUAGUUAAUGGCUUUGCACAAAAUGCUUUCACCAGAGAACAGUUUAUUGGUCCUUGUUAUGUACCAUGGACAGUACUUAAAUUACAGUUGAUGCCAGAGAAAGGUCCAAAACCAGUACUAUUAGUAGUACCAUCAGAGGCAGGUCAACCUGCACACGCAGCCCACAAAUCUGGCCAUGACCUUAGACAUGGUCACGGAGCAUUCAGUAACUCCAUCAGCCAACUCUGUCUCAAUCAUGCAUCAAAACAUCGCCAAUCAGUUGAAUCAAAAUGGAAGAAAAAACGCCAAAAGAAAACAAAUUUAGGUUUUAUUGGUGAUAAAGUCCAGGCAGCAAGAUCCCUUGGAAUUUUGUUAUCAAAAGGUGCUAAAGUAGAAAAUCGAUCAACACCAAAACCAGAAAUGAUGAACGGAAAUCUUAACAGGGAAAUGUUCAAGAAUCCAAUCUGUGGGGCCCUCUCCACACCAGGAAUGUUAGAAGGUCGUGAAAAGGUAAAUUUUAAACCUGAAAAAUCAAUACAAGAAGAACCAGAAAGAGGCUCUUCUGUAGGAGGAAGUGGUAGCAGUAUGUCAAAUUUGUCAUCUGUCGUUUCAUUGGAUAAACUUAAUGCACAGUUACAUGCACGGAAAUAUUCUGAUGAUGAUGAUGAUGAUGAUGAUGAUGAUGAUGAUGAUGACCAUGAGGUGGAAGAUGGAAAUAGAUUAAAAGUGAAAUCACCAGUAGCACAGACUGUUUCUGCUCCACAUGAUAAAAAAAAUGCUAAACAAAACCUGAAGGUGACAGUUUCUGACCCUCUUGGAGCAUCAAAGCUGAAGGAUGGAUCUAACAACUCAAUUUCAAAAGUUAACCAUCAAGAUUCAAAAACAGUUGAUACUUCAGAACAGAAUGUUUCUGAUACAACACAGGACACUAGACUGUAAAUUUGUUGAUUUAAUGUUUUUAUAUUAAAAAUUAGUAAUAAAUAAUAUGUUUUAGAAAAA